AUGGUAAUCCUGGGAGUAACUAUUGGUCUCCUUGUACAUUUUCUGGCAGUUGGAAAAAUGUAUUAUUACCAAGGUGAUUUUCACAUUUCUGGAGUCACAUAUAAUAGCAGUUGUGAAACUACUGCUUCCCAAGCUAACACAGACUUGAGCCGAGAUAUGGAGGCUAAGAUGUUAUCUGUGUUUCAGAAUUCUAGAAUAUUUAAAGAAUAUGUCAGCUCCCAGAUCAUCAAUUUUUUGCCUCAUCCAAAUGGGUCGAGGGUACAAUUACAUAUGACAUUCAAGUUCCCUCCAGGAAAGAGUCAGAGCAUGAGGAGUAAAAUCAGAGCUAUCUUACAGCAGAUGUUGAAAGACAACAUGGCAACCUGGAAAGCAGUUCCCACUUCCAUUAAAAUUAUCGAAAUCAGCAAGUUUAAGUCUGACAUGCUUGUCAACAACUGUUGUGGAAGACCAGUGGUCAACAGCAUUGCAACUGGCAACCGGGUUGUGAAUGGGAAAAAUGCCCAAGAAGGGGCAUGGCCGUGGAUGGCCAGCAUACAAUGGAGGGGCACACACUUCUGUGGAGCCUCACUGAUCAGCAGCAGGUGGUUAUUGUCUGCUGCUCACUGCUUUGUUAAGAAAACAAGUUUAAAAGAUUGGACUGUCAACUUUGGACUUGUAGUAAAUAAACCAUAUAUUACACACAAAGUGCGGAGGAUCAUUCUACAUGAACAUUUUAAAUCUGCUGGGGUUCACAAUGAUAUUGCACUUGUAGAACUGGCUAAUGAAGUGUCUUUUACGAAGUAUAUUAGGAAGAUUUGCCUUCCUGAAGCCAGCAUGAAGCUCUCUGAACAGGACAAAGUUGUGGUAACAGGAUGGGGAGCACUUUCUAUGAAUGGUCCUCGACCAGUGAUACUCCAAGAAGCUCCUUUGAAGAUUAUUGACAAUGAAAUUUGCAAUGCCCCACAUGUGUUAUCUGGCUUGGUGCUAGACACCAUGCUAUGUGCUGGAUACUUGUCAGGAGAAGCUGAUGCCUGCCAGAAUGAUUCCGGUGGACCAUUAGCUUAUAUUGACUCCAGGAAAAUCUGGCACAUUGUUGGAAUAGUAAGCUGGGGUGAAGGAUGUGCUAAAAAGAAUAAACCAGGUGUCUAUACACGAGUGUCUUCUUAUCAUGAUUGGAUCAUCUCCAAGACUGGACUCUGA